AACAACAUAAUGGUACUUCUCAACAUAUGUUCAAUUCGCAAGUUACAGAACCGGAUGCGACACAACAGGCUUCCCUAGACGAGGUACUAAAUGAAGCAGGUGAAGCAGCCUCUCUUAUGUCGUCCUAUCUUACUGCUUACACAACUGCGCCUGAAAUCGAAAUGUUGCCUUCUGCUUCUCCUGAUGGGUACUAUGGAGGCAGUCCACGGUCAGCAUCUGACUCGGUGUUGGCCCAACCACCUCAAGAUCCGCGUCAAGCAGAGAUACAGACGUUAAGGCGCUUGGAUCUACUACUUUCUCAAUCAUUCUUAUUCUAGAUCAUUCUUCUGCCCACAUACAGUAUUUUUAUCGCACUUUGAUAAUCAACAACUACAAACGACCCACGUUUAACUUUUUUGAAAACGUAGUUCUCAAUAAUUAUAUAUAAAUAAUUUUUUUUUUUUUGACGUACGAACAAGGUCAACAACUACAACUUUUUUGGGUUCUCCCCCAACAAGAACAAGAAUCAUCAACGACCUCGCACAUUCCUCGAAUCAGAAGCGGUCCAGCAUCUCUGCUUUCCUCAACACAAAGUGUGGUGGAUCCACAAGAACCUCCCAGACCUAUCAUGUACUACAACCUGGCGUCCUCCAAUGCUGAGGUGACAAGUGGCACAAGUCUCUGGCAGAGUCGAGAGCAAGUGCAGAUCACACCAAGUCUUCUUACGUUUUUUGUUGCUUGCAGAGAAUACCUCCUUGAAAAUCUUCUGACAAUCGAUACAUAUUGGACAAGACGAAGUAGAAGGGACGCAGCUCCUCCGUUUUGUAAUUGUAACCAAAUAGAGGUACUAAAUAAUCUCGAGAGCCUUAGAAUUCCAGAAACGUUCUUUCUAACAAAAAACAAAAAAUAUUUUGCAUCUUGAGAGAACUCAGAGCUCUUUUCCUGAAUAAGGAAAAAGUUUCUGUAGAUGAUCUAGUGCGCCUUCUGCUCUUCAUCCCUUCUGCUCUUCAUCCUCUCUAAGCCAAAGUCCUCGCCGCUCCUUCAAACCACAUUUUCCCCUCGACCACCGAUCUCACGUUCGGUUUCUGAAGGCACGAAAGUCUCCGCAAGCACUACGGCUUCUGCUGCUGGUAGUCUGGGUCU